UCCUUUACACAUAAGUCGGUAAUUAAUAUUUGUGGCAGUGAGCUACCGUCUUUGCUUAAUUAUAAAACCAAAUUGAAAAUACAAAUCUCAAACCAAAAUCAAUGGCAAUUCUUAAUCUCACAACUUCAAAAAUCAUUACUAACUACUUUUGAGUUCUCAUGAAACAAAAAUCCAUGGCCAACAUCAAUCUCACCACUGCUUCUUCUCUUCAUCAAAACCCUUUCUUUCUCACAAGGAAACAUAACAACAACAUCAAAUUCAACCAUGCUUCUUUAAUCAAAACAUGUGCUCAGUCACAAGGGAACACUGACACUGGUGUUUCUGAGGAAGAUUCUUCUCUUGGAUCUUUAUCUUCUUCUCGUGCACAACUGGAUCUUUUGGAGCAACUUACAUCUACAAGUUCAUCGAUUAAUGGAUAUGAAAGUGAUGGCAGCUCUCAGAAACUUACAAUUCGCGAACAGCUUGCGCAGUUAGUUGGAGAAAGAGAUGAUGAUUUCAGCCUUCCAUUAGGAAAAAACUUGAAGAAAGUGAGUGCAAAGUUCUUAACAACUUCACAAAGGAGAAAUAUCAGGAGACAAAGUUACCUAAAUGAAGUAUCCCAAAGGAAUGAUUCAACGUUUUUUGCAACUAUAGGAGCAUUUGUGAUUGUUCCUCCUCUUAUAAUACUAGGAAUAGCUAUAUUGACUGGUUAUGUACAGCUUCUUCCUUGAGAUAAGAUAUAUUUUAAGAUAACGUAUAGAAGUCUUACCAUGUCUUAAUUUCUCCUAUUUUAGUGCUAAGGUCUGUCAUAAUCUUUUGUUAA